AUGGAACAAGAUUCAACUCCAAGAAAAGACUUAGUUCGAAUUGACGAUCAAUCACUAAACAGUUCCCCAAUACCAAAGCAAGAAGUUUUGGAUGAGGAUUCAUAUACAGAAGCUUUAAGCGAGAUCAUUAAGCGAGAUUUUUUCCCUUCUCUUUUAACUCUCGAGGCACAACACGAUUAUGUGGACGCUUGGAAUACAAAUAAUCCCGAGCUUAUUAAGGAAGCUACUCGUAAAUUAACUGAAUUAACGACUCCUACGGCGAAAACACCUGCAACACCUAAAACUGCAACCGUAGUACGUGGAGAAUGGGAUACACCAAUAUCAUCUAGUGGAACAGACCGAAGAUAA